AUGGCUGGAUUCUUACGGAAUUCUCAACAACUAAAUCUGUAUUUUUGUGGAUUUUUUAUCGUAUGUGGGAUACUUUUGGUACCUUCUUAUAACUGCUGUGCUACUGAUGGCAAAAGCUUCAAACACAAUACCAAAGCGAACAGUUUAAAACAUAAAAUUCGAUCCAGUUCAAAAGGUCAAGACGUGACAAAACUAAAGAACGUUAAAGUUACCUCUUCAUUAUUUGCCAAAGCUAAAACGCGGGCUAAUGUAUUGAAGAAGCAUCUUGUGGACAAAACCGGUGAAAAGAGGGACAAUUUCGUGUCAAUUCCUGAGCCUUUUCCUGUGAAUAAGUUUGAAGAACAGCCAUAUUUAGAUCGUCGUAUGAAUUAUGUUCCCCAGCCGUAUCCUGUGACACAAAUCAAGUAUGUUGCCAAGCCAAUUGCCGUUCCUGUUGAAGUUCCGAAUCAAUUGAAAGUACAGCACUUUCAUAUCCAUAGAGAUCGUAAGGAAUUUUAAUUUUACUAUACAAAAUAAUAUAAUCGAUUAUAAUUAAUUACUAAAUUAAGUUUUUUUAUACCGGAUGGCUCUACAGUACGUGCUCCCAAUAGAAGUCCAGUAUGAGUAAUCCUUUAUUGGCCAAUUGUUACUACAGGAGGAAAACUAGACUAAAUUACUUUUAUUUGUAUUAGAUAGCUCUACAAGUUCUAAUCUGUUCUCCCUAGAUGUCCUGUAAGGGUUAUCUUCUAUUGAUCCAUGCAGUGUUACUACAGGAGGAAACCUAAACUAACUUUGUUUAUUAUACUGGAUAGCUCUAUCAGUUUUAAACUGUUCUUCCUGGAGGUCCAGUAAGGGUAAUCUUCUAUUGAUCCAGUGUUACCACAAGAGGAAACCUAAACUAAACUAACUUUAUUUAUGCUGGGUAGCUCUCAGUUCUAAACUAUUCUGUUAAAUUAGAUGUCCAGUAAAGGUAAUCCUUUAUUGAUCCAGUGUUACUACAGGAGAAAACCUAAACUAAAGUACAUUUAUUUAUAGUGUAGGUAGCUCUGUCAGUUCUGAGCUAUUGCCCCUGGAGAUCCAGCAAUGGCAUUGCCUAAUUACUCCAGUGUUACUACAGAAGAAAACCUAAACUGAAGUACCUUUAUUUGUAUUAGAUAACUCUAUCAGUUAUAAAUUGUUCUCCAUAGAGAUCCAGUAAGGAUCAAAUUCCUGGUAUUUGGAACUCGUAUACGACGGAGGUGAAAUUAUAAUAAAAAACGGCAUAGGGCUGGAAGGUUACUGUCAAGAACCAUGAACCUCUACUUCAAUCAAUUUUAAAAACAGUUUAAAUUUCUCGUUAUUCUAGUGCACCGUAACCCAUGUCUUAAUGGCGGGAUAUAUGCAGAGGUUCAUCACGAUUACAUAUGCAUUUGUCCUAAAGAAUUUCGUGGAAAAAAUUGUCAAGGUAUUUCCCUCGCAUUUUGUUUUCACUGGUUUCCUCAGUGAUGUACGUAACUUUAUCAUUUGCCAUUAGGGCAAGCAUAUAAUAUAAAGUUUUUUGGAUUGAAAGUAUUAUUAUUUGAAUUUGCUAACAUUCUGUUCUCCUUCAGACAGGAACUACUGCUCCUCAGGUCCCUGCAAGAAUAAUGGCGCGUGUGAAGAGAUGGUGAAUGGAUAUAAGUGUUUGUGUGCGCGAGGCUUUAUGGGGAAUCACUGUGAAGGUAAGGAAGCGUAGUCUUUUUCAGGUAGUUCAGACUCAAACCACGGCGACUUAUUGUAGAAUACUAUUUGCACUGGACCGCUACGUUUGAGAUACUUUUUUCAGGUACUUCAGACAAAACUAUAGUAAGGCGUAAUAAUUACUAUAACCUUUUGUCUCGUUUUCUUUCAGAGAAAAAUCCAUGCCAGCCUAAUCCAUGUAAAUCGAGUGGAUCGUGUACGAUAUCUGACGAAGAUGAAGGUUUCCAGUGUAUCUGCAGUUCUGGAAACAAGGGAAAACGUUGCGAAUGUAAGAUUCUAUCGAAUGAAGAUUCUACACAGAAUGUGCAGCUACAAAGGGUCUCUUUUAACAUGUAUAUUGAGGCGGGGGGGGGGGGGUGCCAGCGCACAUGUUGGCCCCUCUAGUGAACGUCGCUUCUGUCUAGAAUAUAAGCAACAAAGGGAAGGGAAUAACUUAGUUGAGAAGAGUGUUUAAAUAUUUCCACGACUGCAUGGGGCUUAAUAGACUUAAUAUUUAAUGGUUAAGCAUCCAACAUUCUUUACUACUUAAAUAUUUAGCAAGCUAUCUUUCAGUGAGAGUAAGAAGAAUAUUGGGAUGGGGACCAUUUCUAGUGUUGGCCACUAGUGUAAUGAUAUCUAUUUCGCUUUAUCCGUUGUUUAGUGGUUGACAAAUGCAAGCCCAGUCCGUGUAAAAAUGCUGGCACUUGCGAAGAACGAGAAGGAAAGUCUGUUUGUUUAUGUACGCCCGAAUAUAAAGGACCUACCUGUCAAGGUAAAAUGAAAUAUUUUCAAUUGAUAAACUAACAGGAUAGCUGGGUAGCUUCACCACUUCGUCACAUACAUCCAGUUAAAUGAUACGAUUUGGUGAUCACCCUAAAUUAUGAUGGUGCUAAUACAGAUAAUUUCGAAUCAUUUUCAGAGGAGAGGCAAUGCUUCCAGCAGCCAUGUUUAAACAGUGCCACGUGUUUGGAGCAUGAUGAAGGAUUCAAUUGCACGUGCCCAGCUGGCUUCACUGGCGAGUUUUGUGGAGGUAUAAAUUCUUAAUCAUCUUGAUCUUGUCUUAUCUUCUCAAAAAAAAACAUCUACCGAAUUAUCAUGUGCACUUAAGAAAUUCUAGGUUAUCAUAAGGAGUAUGGGAAUUUUUAUUCGUAAUAAUCAGUUAUAUCCAAGAUUGUAUAUUCAUAUAUUCAUUGCUUUCCUUUUUUCUUUUAGAACACGUCUGUCAUCCUAGUCCUUGCAUGCACGAAGGGCGAUGUUCAGUGGACUCUGGUCAUUUCAAAUGUUUAUGCCCUCCACUUUUCAAAGGCGACGUCUGCGAAAGUAAGAUUUUUGUUUAUUAUAUAACUUGUCAUUUGCUUUUCACUAAGGGCGACUGGUCUCUUUCUUUCUUCUCUCUUCUGUUCCACCUGCUUUUAUUUCUCUAACUCUCCUUACAUUCCACUCUUUUAUGCCUUCCCUUCGUCGUUUAUUCAAUAUUAAUGUUCUUCACCUCUGCGAUCGUGGGUUCGAUUUUUGCUGCGGACUCAUGACACUUAUAUGAAAAGAAUCCGUCAACGCUCUACCGAAAAUCGUGGGUUUUCUCCAGUUUCCUCCCACAGGGAAUGUUGACAGGGUGGGUUGGGAUUAGCCCCUAACUGACCCUUCUACCGUAGCUGUGCCCCGUGAUCAGACAUGAGUCAUAAGGUGGCUGCCAGAGGCGCCCUUAGAAAGCCUUCGACUCGAUCAGGUUUGAAGUGUGUUCUUCGCAAUUCAGUUUAGCUCUCAGCUGCAAGUAAGGAUGAUUAACACACACCCACUUAUUUAUUUAUUUAUUUAUUGACUUGAUUGACUAAUGCAAUCAAGUCAUUCAUUCAUAAUUUAAGAGCAUUAUAUACUGUAUAACUUUUGUUUGUUUGGAAUUCGUAGUUCCACACCCGUGUCACAUCAGGCCAUGCCUCAAUGGUGCUCUCUGUGUGGAUUCGUUCAGUGGAUACAAUGGUUAUCCUUCCAAAUGGAACCAUGGAUCUUUACAUUAUCUCUGUAUCUGUAGACCUGGCUUCUCGGGCUUGAAUUGUGAAGGUAAAUAAAUGUGCAUGACAUAAAAAUAAAAACAAUAGAAACGACUGUAAUAACAGUUCUACUCUACUUUUUGACAAUCUUUCCACUCAUAGCGAUCGUAACUUUUGGUAUAAAUAAUAUCAGUGGUGUUUUCUAGUUACAGCAUUUGUAAACUUAAAUUGUGCAACCUCUGGCAGAAUAAGUAGCAGAAUGUCAUUCAAAUCAGUCUGUGGCAUGCAACUCGAUAGAAAUAAAACUGUUUGGUAUUACCUAUGUUAUUCCAAAUUUGUGCAAAACUGUGUGACCUCUGACUUUCACGAGGCAAUUGUACUAUUUAAGUUAACCGUUGGUGCGAAUUAAGAAUUUUUUCCGGCCUACAAUUAUAUAAUUCCCAUCCUGUUAACUAUUGUAUAACAUAAACAAUUCUACUUCAAUGGAGUUUCGAAAUUGUCGUAAUAUUAUUGCAAACUGACACUGUGCUAAUGUUUCGUUUGGUACUGUACAUUUCCUUCUUUUUUUAUACUUACAUUCUCUAAUUAUUUUGUAUUUGCAGUUGAUGUAUGCAAGAACUGUGACCCGUAUGCGAAGUGCAUCAAUAACACAUGCAUCUGCAAUCCAGGUUACAAAGGCGAUGGAUUUCAUUGCGAACGUAAGUCUCCAGAAUAUUGUAUUAGCAUGCACCUAGUGAAGAUUUCUAGAAAUAUUGUGAUGGCUUCUUCAACCCCUUCGGUGGCAUUGUGCCCAAAUUUUAUUUUUUUAUUCAUUAUUGUCAGUGAUGAUUACGAUUUAACAUGUUUUUCUUUCAGGUGAAGCUCGGCUGUGCCAUCCCAACCCUUGUAAAAACGGAGCUGCGUGCAAAGAGAAUGCUCAGGGAGGUUAUGAUUGUCUUUGUGUUGGUGGUUAUUCAGGAGCCAAAUGCGAGGGUAACUCCAAUUUUCUAUAAAUUCUAUGUUACUUUUACUUACAUCGCAAACAGCAGUGGACACUACUGUAGGUAGGGGCUCCCGUGCCCCAAUUUAUUUUUAUUUGAUUUGUUUGUUUGUUCUUUCAAGUGUUUCUAGCAAACUACAGCCAUUGAACUCUACUUUAUUAAAUACGUUUAUUUAAUUUGUAGAAAAGAAUCCUUGUAUUCCGAGUCCUUGUCGUCAUAAGGGUCAGUGUGUCUCCUUACAGAACGCAGAUUACAGAUGUGUCUGUCACUCGUCCAAAUACAGUGGGAAGGAUUGUGAAAAAAGUAAGCGAAAUUCUAGUUUAUAAUCCGUGUCUAUAAAUCUAACUAAAACUAAACAAACUAAACUAGCUACCUGAAAAAUACAAGGAGAACUUCGACGUUUCCAGCGAAGGCCCUUGGUCAGGAGGGCUAGUAACUACGCGAUGAAGGGCAUUCUCUCGAAACGUCGAAGUUCUCCUUGUAUUUUUCAGGUAGUUGUAUCCCUAUCAAUCUGAAACUUUCUUGUUAUUGCCUCUACCUACACUGGCAUAGGCCAUUCAAGAUUCUAUGUAUUAGAACUUUCCUAGUAACCUAGGGGAGGAAACCUUAGCUUCUAGAGAAAAUAUAGGGUUUCGUCAAUGUCUUCAUUAAAACUGCUUAUUUAGCAGAGUAAUCGAGUUGCCAGUUGGAGUUGGGUAAAAAUCCCUACCAAGACCCUAAAAAAUCCCAAGGUGUCCCGUUUUAUUUGUCCUGAUCAGUGCUGCUACAAAAAUUGAAACGAAGAGAUUGUUUUAUCAGUAACUAUAGAGGUUCUGUUCAGGUCAUUCCUUAUGUUCCAGUUUUACUACAGGAGGAAACCGGAGUACCCAAAUUUUCCGAAAAGAAGACUGUAUGGAACAGACUCAGCAUUGUUGAAAAAAUUGGAAAUAAAUAAACGAACUGGAUCCCCAUGUAUCUACGAAUAACUGGAUACAAUAAAUUAUCAAACCACUAAUGAAAAGAUGCAUUAGAUGUACUAAUUCACAAAUAUUUUUCUGCUAAGAAGCUUUCUUUCUAUUACUUGUUGACUAGAAAAAUCCCAUGGACUUAUUUCUAAAAGUUAAUCCCAAAAAAUCCCAUUCACUUAAAAAAUCCCAAGAUCUUGGGACAAAAUCCCAAGGUUGACAACCCUGUUAUUUAGUUAAAGCCUGGUUGACACUAGCAAUGUUGUCGGCGAUUUUGUGUUUCUGACGGAUGCAAAUGAGUGAACUCCACACAAAAUCAUAUAGAGUCGCUUUUCAGAAGUAAACAAUUCUAAGUCUUUUGCAUGUCAUUCAUUCAAUCACAUUUGCCAGAAGGAGAAAAAUCGCCGACAGAAUUGCCAGUGUGUAGCAGGCUUAACUUAUCCAUAUUUCUAUGAAAAUAUUUCAGUCACAGACUCCUGUCUCCCCAAUCCUUGUUUAAAUAAUGGCGAAUGCAUCAACGAAGAUGGGAAACCAGCGUGUAAAUGCAAAGGACGUUUUGUUGGACAGUUUUGUGAAAGUAAGUUUGUUUCGCAGCUAUAUAACAUUACUGAGUUUGAUCUAGGACAUUAUGCAUCCAUAUAUCGAAGCGCAAGGUCCAAAGCCUUCGCGUGGAAAAGGAGCCUUUGCAUCAGCGUGAGUCAGUUGCACACGAGAGCUUCUGACUGAAGAAAGAACAUUGCGAGGCCGUUUGCUAAGCCACAUUCUCUCGUGUGCGUAUGUGGUUGGGUCGUAUAGGGAUAACUAUUCACCAGCUGAUUUUAAAAUGAGUACCAGCUUUGGUUGACUGGACCAGUGUUUCUUCCAAAGACCUUGAUCAGUUCAUUGUCUGUCAAGAUACUGUAUGACGAUCUGAAAGCCUGGAAGACUUCAAAGUCACAAAAACCCUUUGUUUGAUAUUGAACUGUACCUCACCAUGCAUAAAUCCUUUGUCUCAACUUCAUUAAAUAUUAUUCAUCGUGGCUGCACGUUUCAUCUCAGCUAUCCCUAUUGGACGGUUACUUCAUUCUACGAAAAUACUAUGAGCUCAAUCACCGUGACCGUGCACAAAUUAACAUAAACUCCGACAAAAACAUAAUACAAUGACUUUUCCAGACUAUCAUAUCUUGAUAGACUAUGGUCAGUUUUGUUUUUCAAUCGUGGCAUCUAAAAACGGUGGUAUGAGUUUAUAGAAGGCUUAUGAAAUAACCCAGUUGCGAUACUUUAUCCAUUUUCUAGCUUGUGAGUGUCCGAAGGCAUCAGGUCCAAACACUGCAGAAUUAAUAUGUGACGCUGUUGGAGAGUGUAUUUGUCCAGGAGGAUAUAAUUUGAACUCAAAAGGACAGUGCGUGUCAGCAAGUAAGUUAUGAUAUGGUUUUUGGCUUGCCUUAUACGGUUUGUGGCUAUAAUGUACGCCUGUUUUUGGCAUACCUAAAUUUUAGCCACGGUUUGUGGUUCUAAUGUAUGCCUCUUUUUGGCAUAUCUUUUCGCCCCAAACAUCUGCGCCCACAAACGUCAGUUGCACAGUAUCUUUCAUCCCUGAAAUACCCGGAAAUGGCAUUGCUCUUCAGAGCAUUAAAAUUCGAAAAAUUAACCCCCGUAACAUCAUGGUCCUCUUGAUCAUGCUGAGCCUUCGGCUGAGAUUCUCCGAGCCUGCAAUAGUAUUCUCCAGAAAUAAUUUUUACCAAAACCUGAAACGCUGCUGUUUUAGCAAUACCUUAUAGCCGCGGUUAAUUUUGAUUGUAAUGUAUGCCUGUUUUCGGAAUAACUUAAUUCUCAUGAAUUUUGGGGGGAUCUGGCCCACACCUCUCAACCCCCCCCCCCCCCCCCCCCCCCCCCCCCCCCCCCACAUUCCUCCCAGGAUAUCUAAUGGUUCAUCCCUAACCUGUGGCUAUAUAUAAGAAAUUUAAUCGACGAUAUUUUUUAUCUAGAGGCAUACUCUCCUUGUUUGAACAAACCAUGCAAAAACGGCGGGACGUGCAGAAUGAUUAGUGGAAGUGGGUAUGAAUGUGUUUGUGCUUCGCCUUGGAUUGGAAAUAGCUGUGAAAUAAGUAAGUAAACUAAGUUUAGGUUUAAACUCUUCUUCGGAAGCAUCCUCAGAAAUAUGAAAAACUUUGUUUCAUAUUAUUCUGACCACUGCACACUCGCUACCAAUCCCCGUAGACUCAAUCCCUUUUUAUAUAUAAACAAGUUAUUUUUUCGUUGAAAGACUAAAAAGUGUGCUCAAUACUAUAAAGAGUACAGCAGAGCUAUAUAAUUAAAAUAUCCUUAAAGUAACAAUGUUUUUUUCGCUACUCUGAGUUUCACUAUCUUGCCUGAUCGAUUUUCAGGCGAUUAUUUAUCCAUCAUCAUGUAUGUGAACCGAGACCACGAGUUGCAUGAGAGUUGAUGAGAGUUGACUACUGAAUAGAUCCAUUGCACAUGACGUCACAUCCCUGGUGACGAUGCAUCUGGAGGACAAAUUAGCAAUCUACCCACAAUAUAACUUUUGCAAACAAAGCAAAUUUUGUAAAACUUUAUAAUAAUUUCGUAUUAAGAUGGUUAAUUUUUGCGCUGUAUGUGGUUGUUGUACCAGAACAGAUAUUGUUAGAGAGUAUCUGGAGGACACUCUAAGGAUUUGUGACAUCAGUGCAAUGGGUCUAUAUUACCGUUAACGAAAACUUUCGUCAAAAUUUGAACCAGCUCAAAGUUGAUGAAAAUGCAUGAGAGUCGAUGGGAGUUGGUGCCUUGGUGGUCAUGAAACGCGAGCGAGAGUUGCAUCUAUCAUCAGUCAUCAACUGUCGUCCUCGUUUCAAACCAGAGUUUUAGUCAAGAUAAAAAAUAUCUAAUGUUAUUUUCUAUUUCAGAUGGUUGCUCUCCCAAUCCAUGUUUAAACGGUGGUACUUGUUAUGUGGAAAAUAAAUUAAGGAAAUGUCAUUGUAAACUUCCGUACAAUGGACCUCGAUGUGAAGAAGAUCCCACUCAGAGUAAGUUUGCUGACUAAAGGCUAGUUUACACUAUCAAAGUUUCUGUGAUCACUGUAGGGAUUUUGCAUAGGUAAAUUUUUAAGGAUUCGUAAGAAAUGUUUGAGGGAACUGGCUCAGUGUUUAACUCGAGACGCAGGUGCGUAAGUUUGGACUAGGCUGCCCCUGGUCCUACCGGAAUUGGGUGCCCCCAAGGCAGGGGGAUCCUAUAGAUCCUUUUGAAGUACCAUAAAGCUCUGACAAUAUGAACAUUUUGCUGGUCAUGUAGAAGCGAAUUUUAAUGGUUUCUUGAACUGGAAAUAUAAAUAUAUAGCAAAAUACAAAAAACACAACUAUAAAAUAAGAAAUUGUUUGCAGAAAUUGUUUUUGACAUAAACAGUGAAAUGUUUGCUACUGUAUUUACUUAUACAUAACAAGGAUCCCGGAUAGCACAGUUCAGGGUGCCCCUCUGGAAACCUGAUUGCCUGACUGCCCCCGGCUCUUACCGGGUAGAGCUCAUAGGAGUUACGCCACUGUCGAGGCGUCGAUAGUGUAAGCCAGCUUUAACAGUUUAUGAACAUUGUUAACAAGUUGUUAACAGCUUGUUGCGAACCUCUUACAACAACUGGGAACAAGCAGUUCGAACACAACUUGUCGACAGCUUGUGAACUGAUUUGUAAUAACUUGUGUGCAGACCUGUAACAACUUGUGCGUUUUUACGUGUGUAGGAAAGGCGCAUUGAUUGAUUCUAUAGCAUUAAUUACUACUUUGGAAAACUAAUAUUCAUUGACAUACAAUAGUCACUAAACUUCUUCCCACCAGUUGGUAGAUCACCGUCAAGGAACGAGGUGUGCCAUCCAAACCCAUGUCAAAAUGGAGGAUUAUGCCAAGUUGUUGCUGGAGGUUAUGAUUGCAACUGUCCUGACCAGUUUACUGGAGCCCACUGUCACGGUAGGGGUUCCUAAACUUAUUUAUAUAAAUUAUGAUUUAUUUAUAUAUACCAUGCAAAUAGAUUUCAUUUUUUGCAGCAAGUAUCUUAGAAUGCAGCUAUUGGUACCGACAUUGCCAGUAAUUCGCGGCAUAUUUCUAUACUUUUUACCCCAGAGGUCCAGUAAAGGUUGUUUCUCUAUAAGAGUCAGUAUUAUAUGUCUUGACCAGUGCUGCUAUAAAAAUUGAAACUUACGCCUGUAUUCUAAAAGCACACUCGCACUCAAUGAGUGGAGGUUCAAUCUGAGCUUUUCUUGAGUGUCAAUGUCGUUUUUGAACAGCUAUUCAAAAACAGCACUGACACUCAAAAGAAGCUCAGAUUGAACCUCUAUUCUUUGAGUGAGAGUGAGCUUUUAGAAUACGGGCGUAAGAGAUUGUUCUAUCAGUAACUAUAGAGAAAAGUUCUGUUCAGUUCGUCGUUUUUUAUGUUCCAGUUUUUUUACAGGAGGAAACCGGAGUACCCAAAUUUGAAUAGGAAGGAGAGAAGAUCGUUGUAAAUAAGUAGUUAUCACAAGUGAUCUCUCUUCUUGUUUUUAGUUGACAAAUGUGCGAAAUGUGACGCGCAAGCUCUAUGUGUCGCUGGAAAAUGUCGAUGUAAGAAGGGAUAUAUUGGGACUGGGUUCCACUGCGUUGAAGGUAACCAGGAAUACGUUAAUAGAUAGCGUCUGUGCAUAAGUCAGCACUUGUGUCCAUCUACCAAACUGAUGUGACGUCAUUUUCGGAAGAUGGAAGAGGUAUUAAAUGGAAGAGAUUAUUUCGCUGGCCUCAGAGUGACAAAACGUAACAAAGCAGCAGGUUUACUAACACUAACCCUACUCCAAACACCAACUCUAAUCCUAACCCUACUCCAAACACCCACUCUAACCAUAACCCGAAUCCUUACCCUUACCCUAACCCUAACCUAACCCUAACCUAACCCUACUCCAAAUUUGUUUCUAAACCAAUCUUGAAGAAAAAAGUUUUGACGAAAUGUCAUUCUGAGGUCAGCGAAAUAGUUGAUGCCGUGUUUUAAAUGGCUAUGUAACUAACCCUACCCCUUCUCUAACUUCUAACCCUAACCGCAACCCUAACUCUAACCCUAGCCCUAACCCUAACCCUAACCAAAUUAAUAAAAAAAUCCAGAAAGAAACAACUUCAGAAAUUGAUCAAAUGACGUAAUGUUAGUUUGGUAGAUGGUGCAUAUUGUAUACAAUGUUUAUAAUUAUGUGUCAAACGUAGCGUCGAGUGUCGGUAGUAGUGAGCUUAGGCAAGCAACGUUUUUUCUCAACACGGGCGUCACACGAAAAUUGGUAUCACUAAUUUUGGCAGCAUUUUGCCUUAUAGUGUUCGUGUAGGGAAGCAAAAAACUUCAAGGAUCUUAUGUUUUGUCGUAUCAAAAAAAGACUUGCCAUCGUCUCGAAAGCGAUUUUAAUUUGUUUUUAUUUCAUCUCCGCCUUUGUUUAUCAACGAUAGUUCUUACUUUAGCUAAAAGUGCAUAAUUUAAACCAGGUUUUCAUGACGUCACCUUGGCCAGAUUAAGCAUUGCUUAAGUUCACUAAUAUUGAGUCUGUUUUCUUUUGUAGCUGGUGGAUCUUCUGGCUGCAAGACGUGUCCUUCAAAUGCAAAAUGUUUUCAAAAUGUCUGCCAAUGUACCGAUGGCUACACCUUUCAAGGAGAUCAAUGUUUAGGUAAUCUGUCCGUUAUACUGCAUGUAUAUUCCGUGACCAAUUAAAUACAGUAUCUAGUGUGACUAUAUAUUUCCAGCGGUUAUUUACAUAACUCUGUGCUCAAAAUUUACUAAAUCGAGGAAAAUGUUACCAAAUUAAUUUCACCCUAGAGUCUCAUUAAUCGCUUAUAGCAUCUCUAUCACACAAGAUGCAAGUCAAACACGAAUUUUUACAAAAAAUUACUGAAUUGUUAAAAUCUCUAAAAAGUUUACCAAAAUUUUACUAAAACAUCUCGUUUACUAAAACAUAAUGUUACAAACAAGUUUUAACACGUAUACAGCUAUUUCAAUUACGGUUGUCCACAAGCAAAGCGGAAAAGUCGAAUACGAGCGCGAAAGGCUGCUGGGAAUCGUUAACAAAUUAAUGAAUUUUCAAAGCGAUUCCCAGCAGCCUUUCGCGCUUGUAUUCGACUUUUCCGCUUUGCUCCUGGACAACCUUAUUUGAAAUAGCUGUAUAUGUAUAUUAAAAGAGAACUCAAAGGGGAAAAGCACGUAACAGGACUCGAGGGCCCAUGCAUGGAAGUCCCCCCGGUAAAUUAUGUCUUAUUAUAUAAAAGGGUAUUAUAAAAUAUAAUAUUUUUAACCCUUAAUUUAAAUGUUUCUAAACUUUUUAAUGUAGCAUCUGCUCAAAUCGGUUGAUUGAGGUGAUCAUACGAACGAAGAAAUUCUUCAAAUAAACUAAAAUAUACUUGUAGUCAUCGGACCAAUUUAUAUGCUUAAACACCUACCAAGCUUAUGAAUGCAACAUAUUAAAACCUAUACUAAUGUGAUAGGAACUUAACUCGCUUAAAACCGUAAAAUGUAUUUUAAAAGUCUGCUGAAGUACUAUUCAUAAUUUUCUCUCAAAGAAAUUGUGCAUUAGAAAUAUAUAAUACAAUAAAAAUUUGACGUACAGUAAAAUUAAAAAGGUUGCCAUAAAGAUUAAAUUAUAUUUCAAGUUGUACUGGCAAGCAGUAAAAUAGCAAUAAAGUGUAUUGUUAUCGUGGAGAUAAAAAUAAUAUUUAAAGGUGUGCGUUAAUUUUCUUUUUUCCGUUACUAGCGCUCAUAAUAACAGACAUAGACCAAAAUACUGGUUCACUCAUAGGACAACCAGGGACGACGGGGACAGAAAAUACUGCGACAACACAGACAGUAAACAAACCAACAACUGAACAACCAUUAUCCGUCACACCUACACCAACUACCAUCACAAUUACUAAACCUACAUCUCCAAAUCUUGUUCCUACUCCCCCUCCUACUCCCCCUCCUCCUCCCCCAACUCUUCCAACACUCCCUCCUAAUAUACCCACACCUCCACCAAACCCUGUUCCAACCCCGACUCCACCCGCACCUACUCCCCCAAACCCGCCUUUGCCGCCAACCGCACCACCUUCCCCACCUGCACCCCCGCCUGCACCCCCACCUGCACCCCCGCCUGCACCCCCGCCUGCACCCUCACCCGCGCCUCCUCCAGUACUUCCCCUGUCUACAAGCAUUCCAUCACCGCCUGCUCCAUUCUCCCUAUCUAAAAGCCUCCCAUUACCCCCUGCCCCUCCAUCUGCCCCACUACCCUCGCCACCGCCACUUCCGCCAUUCAGUGCAGGACCUGCCCCAUCCCCACCUGUAACUGCAGGAGCUAUCCCUUCACCACCACAAUCUCUGGCUCCACCACCGUUACCACCUUCAAAUUAUUUCUACUACUAG